AUGUUUGAUGGCAAAGUCCCUCACUGGCACCACUACAGCUGCUUCUGGAAGCGGGCUCGAAUCGUGUCUCAUGCAGACAUCGAUGGCUUCCCAGAGCUCCGGUGGGAAGAUCAGGAGAAAAUCAAGAAAGCCAUUGAGACUGGAGGCCCUGGAGGAGGAAAAGGAGGGGAACAGGAAGGAGGUGGCAAGGCUGACAAGAGCCUAAAUGACUUUGCUGCAGAAUAUGCUAAGUCGAACAGAAGUACUUGCAAAGGCUGUGAACAGAAAAUAGAAAAGGGCCAGAUCCGGAUUUCCAAGAAGAUGGUGCAUCCCGAAAAGCCGCAGUUGGGAAUGAUCGAUAACUGGUACCACCCGGACUGCUUUGUGAGCCGCCGAGCCGAGCUGGGCUUCCUCCCCGUGUAUGGGGCCACCCAGCUCCUGGGCUUCAGCAUCUUGAAAGCUGAAGAUAAAGAAACUCUGAAGAAGCAGCUCCCAGCUACCAAGAGUGACGGGAGGAGAAAAGGGGAGCAGGUAGAUGGAAAUGUGACUGCAAAAAAGAAACAGAAAAAAGAAAAAGAGAAAGAAUCAAAGCAGGAAAAACAGCUGAAGGAGCAGACAGAGCUGAUCUGGGGCAUCAAGGAUGAGCUGAGGAAGGUCUGCUCCACUAAUGACCUCAAAGAGCUGCUGAUCGCCAACAAGCAGGAAGUUCCUUCAGGGGAGAAUGCCAUUUUGGACCGAGUAGCAGAUGGAAUGGCAUUUGGAGCUCUGCUUCCCUGCGAGGAGUGCAAGGGGCAGUUUGUGUUCAAGAGUGACGCAUAUUACUGUUCAGGGGAUAUCACUGCCUGGACUAAGUGUGUUGCUAAAACACAGACUCCCAACAGGAAAGACUGGGUAAUCCCAAAGGAGUUUAGGGAAAUUCCUUACCUGAAGAAGUUCAAGUGUAAGAAGCAGGACAGGGUGUUCCCUCCAGAUACUACAACUGCAAACUCUGUGCCUCCUCCCUCUGCAUCUGCUCCUUUGUCAGAGACUGUGUCUGCACCCAGAGACAAACCACUGACCAACAUGAAGAUCCUGGUUCUUGGAAAGCUGUCAAAGAACAAGGAGGAGGUGAAGAGCAUUGUGGAGGACUUGGGAGGAAAGAUGACAACCACAGCUAACAAGGCCACGCUGUGCAUCAGCACACAGAAGGAUGUGGAGAAAAUGAGCAAGAAGAUGGAAGAAGUGAAGGAGGCCAAAGUCCGUGUGGUCUCAGAGGAGUUUCUUCAGGAUGUGAAAUCCUCCAGCAAGGACUUCCAGGAGCUCGUGUCUCUCCAUGCGCUUUCACCUUGGGGUGCAGAGGUGAAAAUGGAGCAUGAGGAGAUGGCUGUGGAUGGAAAGUGCAGCAAGCCCUCAAGUGUGAAGAGUGCUGGGAAGGUCAAAGAAGAACAAGGACCUAGCAAGUCUGAAAAGAAGAUGAAGCUAACAGUUAAGGGUGGAGCAGCAGUAGAUCCUGAUUCUGGUUUGGAGGAUUCUGCUCACGUCUUUGAAAAAGGUGGAAAGAUUUAUAGUGCAACUCUGGGCCUCGUAGAUAUUGUGAAAGGAACAAAUUCCUAUUACAAACUGCAGUUGCUGGAGGAUGACAGAGAGAACAGAUACUGGGUGUUCAGAUCUUGGGGUCGUGUGGGCACUGUAAUUGGGAGUAACAAGCUGGAGCAGAUGCCAUCAAAAGAAGAUGCUGUUGAACACUUCCUGAAUUUGUAUGAAGAGAAAACUGGCAAUUCUUGGCAUUCAAAGAACUUCACUAAAUAUCCCAAAAAAUUCUACCCCCUGGAAAUCGAUUAUGGACAGGAUGAAGAAGCUGUCAGGAAACUGACAGUAGGUGCCGGGACAAAAUCAAAACUGGCUAAGCCAAUCCAAGACCUUAUUAAGAUGAUCUUUGAUGUGGAGAGCAUGAAGAAAGCAAUGGUGGAAUUUGAGAUUGACCUGCAGAAGAUGCCAUUGGGAAAACUGAGCAAGCGGCAGAUCCAGAGCGCAUACUCCAUCCUCAGUGAGGCUCAGCAGGCAGUUUCUGACAGUGGUUCAGAAUCCCAGAUCUUGGACCUCUCCAACCGCUUCUAUACUCUGAUUCCUCAUGACUUCGGGAUGAAGAAACCACCUCUCCUAAACAACCUGGAAUACAUUCAGGCCAAAGUGCAGAUGUUGGACAACUUGCUUGAUAUUGAGGUGGCUUACAGCCUUCUCAGAGGUGGAAAUGAAGAUGGAGAUAAAGACCCAAUUGACAUCAACUAUGAAAAACUUCGAACUGAUAUUAAGGUUGUUGACAAAGAUUCAGAAGAAGCCAAGAUUAUUAAACAAUAUGUGAAAAAUACUCAUGCUGCUACUCACAACGCAUACGAUCUCAAAGUUGUGGAUAUCUUCAGGAUUGAGCGUGAAGGGGAGAGUCAACGUUACAAGCCAUUUAAGCAGCUUCACAACCGCCAGCUGCUGUGGCACGGUUCCCGCACCACCAACUUCGCUGGUAUCCUCUCUCAGGGUCUCCGGAUAGCUCCCCCUGAAGCUCCUGUGACUGGCUACAUGUUUGGGAAGGGCAUCUAUUUUGCAGACAUGGUAUCCAAGAGUGCCAACUACUGUCACACAUCUCAAGCUGAUCCCAUAGGCUUAAUACUACUGGGUGAAGUUGCCCUUGGAAAUAUGUAUGAGCUAAAGAAUGCUUCCCACAUCACAAAAUUGCCGAAAGGAAAGCACAGUGUGAAAGGCUUGGGCAAAACAGCACCUGAUCCCACAGCCACUACCACCCUUGGUGGUGUAGAGGUUCCCUUAGGGAAUGGGAUCUCAACAGGAAUUAAUGAUACCUGUCUUCUGUAUAAUGAAUAUAUUGUGUAUGACGUUGCUCAGGUGAAUCUGAAGUACCUGCUGAAACUGAAAUUCAACUAUAAGACAUCACUCUGGUGAACAGUAUUUAGAAGCCCUGUUAGAGUUAUACUGUAGUUACACUAUAGCGUUGACUUCUGACAUGCUUACGCAUUGACUUCUCGUACCAAGAUAUCAAGAGCUAACCUGCAGAAGAGGUUACUAAAUCCUAUUUAGUACAACACUUAGUGAAAAUUUUAUAUAAACGUGUGGCAACACAUGGACCUGAAUUCUGAUGAGAACGAGUACCUGGUUUUGUGAUUUACCACUUCUAAUUUGGGGGGUUUCAAGUGUUUCUUUUAAUUGAGCAAACUUGCUUCUUCCCCCACCCCCAAAAAAAAAAUUAAGCUCGUGUUUUUAGCCAAACAGAGCUGGGUGAUAGCAAGUAAAGGAACUUGAGGCUGUUUGUGGUAUUUGCCCUGUUAAGGUUCCCCCUUGUUUAAGAUACCCUUUUUCAGUUUUCAUUGGAAUAAAUGAGAAAUGUUCACUUAUUUUGAGGUAAAAAAAUAAAAGCUAAUUUCAUACUAACAUCUUUAUGUUUCACAGCUUCCAAAUUGUUUUGGUUUUGAGUCAUGAUUUAAACGUAUUUGGUAGAAUGUUCUUAAAACAUGCUAUAUAUCUCUCAAGAUGAAAUGCCAAAUACUGAAAUCUGUAGUCAUGUUUCAGGAAGUCAUGGUGAGCUGAAAAUUUGGACUUUCCACUGAGACUUCAUCUGUCAACAGUUGGUGUGGUAAAUAUGGAAAAUGAACUUGUGGCUGUUUGAAUUUAGUAUUAGCCCCAAUAAACCUCCUUUAAAUAUCUGCUUUCAA